AUGGAAAGAUCUCUUAGAAGUAGAGAUGAACUAAUGAAGAAUAUAUUAACGUUCAAAUUUGGUGAGGUGUCGUUGGAAUUUUCAAUCAAUCAAUGCCCAAUACUUAAAGUCAAGGAAACCUUAGCGAAGGAGAGGAUCCGGAUCUUUGGUUUCUCACAAGAUCAUGAAGUCGGGUUUGACCUCAUUUCUCAUUGCAAACCCGGCCCGGAAAAUAGCCCGAUACUGAUAUUGUUUUGGCCUUUGGGCACUCCUUCCGGGUCCAUAACCGGGUUGCAAGGUGUUUGCAGAUUCGGGGGGUUGAUCAAAAUGGAAGUAGAAGGAGGUGAGGAGGUGACAUGGAGCAGAGAAACAGUUCCCAAGGUUGUGAAGAUAGUGAGCACAAGACUCCCUCAGAGAGACCUCAUCUCUCUCUUGCUAGUCAGCCCAUGGCUCAACGCUACUCUCAUCUCCCACCCUUCCCUUUGGCUGCUUAUCGAUUUUCGUGAAAUGAAUAAUGCUGGGAAUCGCCUAAUAGCUGCUCUGUCACUGCCGCGAUAUCGGCAUGUGAAGCAGAUAAACCUUGAAUUUGCACAAGAUAUUGAAGACAAACAUCUUGAACUCAUAAAGAACAAGUGUUUUGGUUCUCUUCAAAACCUUGAAGUUUUGAAUCUGAAUAGCUGCCAGAAGAUUUCUGAUAAGGGAGUUCAAGAUAUAACCAGUGCUUGUGCCAAUCUGAAGGUCUUUUCUAUUUAUUGGAAUGUGAGGGUGACAGAUAUAGGUAUAACACACCUGGUGAAAAAUUGCAAGUAUAUCAUUGAUCUGAAUAUAAGUGGCUGUAAGAAUAUUUUAGACAAAAGUUUGCAACUGGUUGCUCAGACUUAUCCAGAAUUAGAGUUGCUGAAUCUGACAAGGUGUGUCAAGUUAACAGAUUUUGGCUUGCAGCAGAUAUUGAACAGUUGCUCCAGUCUCCAGAGUCUCAACUUAUACGCCCUGUCUAGCUUCACUGAUGAAGCUUACAAGAGGAUAUCACUUCUAACCCAUCUUAAAUUCUUGGAUCUAUGUGGUGCCCAGAAUCUAUCAGAUGAAGGGCUUUCUUGUAUAGCUAGAUGCAAGGGCCUUCUGUCUCUCAGUUUGACAUGGUGUGUACGUGUCACUGAUGUGGGGGUCAUAGCCAUUGCAGAGAGUUGCACCUCUCUCGAAUAUCUCAGCUUGUUUGGGAUAGUUGGGGUGACCGAUGCAUGCCUGGAUUCCCUCUCAAGGACCUGUUCGAACACAAUUACUACUCUUGAUGUGAAUGGAUGUAUUGGAAUUAAGAGACGGAGUCGUGAUGAAUUGCUUAAAUUGUUUCCAAAGUUGCGGUGCUUCAAAGUGCACAGCUAACAUUUGCCAUACAGAAUCCACAUUGCGGAUGAGAAAUGCUUCAGAUUUUUGUAUUCACUCAUAAUAGGACCUCAGGAAUCUCAAUCUGUAAUGUUUUUUCUCAUCCUGUUCUCAGCAUUUAUGAAUAAGUACAGAUUUUCUGAUAAAACAUUGAAAUGACUGUUAUGAAUCAAACGACUCCAAUUGAUUUUGGUUUUGCCUUA